CGGCAGUAAUGGUAGCCAUGGUGGGAUUCAUGGUACUGCUGGUGGCAGCUCGGCGGGCGUUGCCUCGGACAGAGUCGAAAGUGUGGAAACGGAUUUGGCCAAAAUCGGGAACGGCGGGCUGACUCGGGCGGCGGAUGAUGGAGGGCCCGGUGACGUUGAUAGGCUGGCGGCUGGGCCGGGACCAGGUGGGCUGUACUCGGAGGCUGAGUUUGAUGACUCGGCGUGGAGGAUGAAGGCGCGGGCGCUGGACAACCGCUUGAAGCUGCAGCAGGACGAGCUGCAGCGGAGGUUGGAUCGCCUGCGGUCAGAGCUGGAGGCCCGCCACUCGGUUCUGGCCCACUCGGUCUCGCCGUCGGACAGACAGUACUCGGAAUCGCUGCGGCGGACCGUCUUGCACGACAACGCUGCCGGUAGCAGAGCGGCGAGCGGAGUCUGCGGAAGCGCGGACGGGAGCGGCGAGAGUGCGAUGGAGGCCCGCAACGAGAUGCUGCGAGCAGAGAUCAAGAUGCUCCGCUCGCUGUUGGAGAGUGUUGACGGCGAUGCAGGAAGCGGCGGGGUACCCGAGGAAGCGCGGCGUAAGAUCGGCAAGUAUGCGGUGUAUAUCCAGAAGCUGCAGCACAAGCUCCAGCGCCGGAAGGUCGAGGUCCGCGAGCUGCGGGCGUCCGAGUCGCGGCUGGUGGUCAAGCUGCAGGACCUCGAGUCUGCACUUGACGACGAACGUGAGCGCUCGGCCAAGCUGGUGGCCAAGAUGAAGGCCAAGCGCAAGGACCGCAAGUCGCGGCGAGGGACUGCGGCAGCGGUGCUGGCCGACGAGGGGGUGGGUGGCGAGUCGUCGGGCGCCAGCGAGUCGGGCAGCGUGCCACGGAUGCCGUCGAACCCGUUGUUUGAGAGCAUGGCAAGCGGGUCGGACGCGGCGGACUCGCCGGUGCCGAUGCGCGGAGGACGGCCGGCGUCGGGCAAGGCGUCGCGGCCGGUCUCGAUGGCGGUCAGCACGCUGGCAGAUAUGGCCGAGCUUGAGCGGCAAAUCAGCAGCCUGCAGACCGAGAACGAGGCGCUCAAGGUCAAGCUCGACGCCAACGCCACGUACCUCCGGGUGCGCAAGGCGACAAAGGUGGAAGACAUGAGCGAGGCGGAGCUGCGGGCCGAGGUCGGCGCUCUCCGCGAAGAGGUCGAGGCCUCGCACCUGCUUGUGGCGCGGCACAUGGACUCGGCUAAGGUCACCCGGGCAGCGCUCGCCAACGCCGAGGCUAAGAUCAAAAAGGUGGAGGCGUCGUCGCGCGGCAAGGUCCUCCGCGACAUCGAACAAUCACUGCAGGAUGCGCGGCUGCACAACAAGCAGCUGCGCGAUCGGGUCCACGUCCUUCAGACCAUGCUCGACGCCAACAUGAUCAACGCCACGCCGUUUGAGACGGGGUCGGCCACGCUGAUGCCGACUGGCAUCGCCGCCGGUGCCGCGCUCAACUCCUCGUUCAACACCUCGCUCACGACUGGGCCUGCACCGGAGCAGAUCAUCGAGCUCGAGGCCGAGCUCCCUUGCCAAAAGGUGCGCGCGUUUGAGAUCUCGACCUCGCUCGACGACGCCGAGUUUGUCGGUUCGACAGGUUCGCUGGCCAGCAGUAAGGAUCGUUCGGCCUCGCCUCAUGCCCAGCUCAAGAUGCUGCGGGUCGAGUUGAAUGCGGCAAACGUGAUGGUGACCCAGCAGCUGGCCGAGAUUAGCAUCUUGUUCCAUCUCGAGGCCGAGCUCAAGGACGCCGAGAAGCACACCAAGGUCCUUCGGCAGGAGCUCGCGGAGCGGUCCGAGGAGGCAGCGAGCGCGCAAUCCCGGGUCGCCGCCCUCGAGGAUGAGGUCGUCGGCCUCCGCACCCGUCUCUCCCGCUCUAGCCGCCGCAAGCUUCGGCGGUCGUUCAACGCGGUCACCGCGUCUGCGGCGCUCGCCCACGGUGCACCAUCGACUGACCCGGGUGUAGAGCCGGUCUCCGAUCCUGUGGCGGACGCCGCCGCGUCGGCCGAUCCCACUGCAGGCACGCCGAGUCCGUCAGCCAGCCGAGCCGACCUUGCGCCACCGACUGUGGGCAGCGAAUAA